AUGGUGCUUAAAAUUACUGCCUGGAAUGUAAGGGGGCCGUCCAAUGCGGCUAACCAGAAUGCUCUUAAGAGACAUCUUGCUUCAGAUGAUUACAAAGUCUGUGGAGCUCUCGAAACACAUCUUUCUCAGGUAAAGCUCCAGGCUACGUGUAAUCACAUUUUUGGAAGUUGGCUUUGGGAUUCGAAUGCUGGUAUGUGUCGUGGUGGCUGUCGUAUCAUUAUUAGCUGGGAUCCAAAUGUUGUUAACCUUAUGGUCGUGGAUAGACACCCGCAAGCUAUGCAUUGCUUUAUUGAGCCUCUUGAUAGCACGGCUGGUUUCUACUGCACUUUUGUCUAUGCCCACCAUAGAAUGGUUCCUCGAAGGGAAUGCUGGAAAAUGCUUAACCUGCACAAGCUUGCUGUCCAAGAUCUUCCUUGGCUGCUACUAGGUGAUUUCAAUGCUAUUGUGGACCCUGCUGAAAGAUCUACGGGUUUGAAACACACGUGGAACCAAAGCCCAGGUAAAGUGGACGGCUUGUUAAAGAAGCUUGAUCGUGCUAUGUCGAAUCAUAAAUUUAUUACUGAGUUCCCUUUAGCAUUUGCCCAGUUUCUUCCUUUUCUCAAGUCAGACCAUACCCCUAUUGUUGUUUCCCUCCCUGAUAUCCCUAGUCCUAAACCGAAACCUUUUAGAUUCCCUAAUUACCUGGUGUACAAAACAGAUUUCAUCCCCACUGUAAAAAAUGCUUGGGACAAGCCUGUUGUUGGCUGUCAGAUGUACUGUGUAGUCUCUAGAUUAAAGGCGCUGAAGAAGGAUCUGAGAAAACUGAACUUCAAGCAGGGGAAUCUGUUUGAGAAGGUCAAAAAAUUGCAAGUUGAGCUGGAAAGUAUUCAGACGGAAAUUGUGCUUCACCCUGAGAAUCAGGAGCUCCGGGAUGAGGAGGCAGGUUUCCUCUGUGCUUAUAAAGAGGCGGUGCGUGAUGAGGAACUCUUUCUCCAACAAAAAGCCAAAGUUACAUGA